CAAUUAGAAGGAAUAGAUCAUAAUAAAGGCAUUAUGUCUCAUCGUUUAUAUGUAUUAACUAUUAUCAGUACAAUUGUAUUAUCUACAAUUAUGCAAUCUGUUACAGGUGGUUCAUUGUUUGGAGAUGAAGUGACUAGGACUACACCCCAUACAACGACUACAGUUAUGGGUUCAGCAAACUCCUUGAAACUAUCUUGGAUAACCAUUUCAUCAAUUUCUGUGAUAGUGAUUGGACUGAUCAAUGGUCAUUUAAGAAGAUUCAUCUUCUAGAAUAUGAUAAUCGUUGGUUAUAACAGAAACUCAUUUUGCAUGUUACAUUACUAGUAUUCUUUGAGAAAUAAAGAAAUACUUUGGUGUGUAAAUUGUUC